GCCCUCUUCUUGCUCAACGAAGACCCGUGAGUGAGCCUCUGAAACGAGCCAGUCGGCUCCGCUUACAUGACCCGCUGGACAUGAAGCCAGGGGUGUUCGCUCGUGUCGCACUUAAUAGCUCAGGCCGGGUAGGGAUGUCCUCCAACUGCAUCACAUGUGUGAUCGGCUCCAAGGACAGUCCAGAAGCCGAAAGAAAGGGUCAGGUUAAGGAAAGUCAGGGAUGCAAGUACAAAAGGGCAGAUGGGGAAAGACAGGAGAGAAGUAACCUCCCCUCCUCGCCCAAGAGACCAGUUCAGCCAGAGCCUGUAGCCAAGCCCCAACAGCUUGCUACCCAGACAGAGUCACAGCCGUCAUCUGUCCUCCCCAAGUCAUGCACAGAGGCCCAGUUUCAGUACUCGCCCAAGGUUCUCCGCCGACCAAUCCCCUUCCCUAGAGCCAAAGCCAGGCAAACUCUGGGAGCCCAGCACAUCCGACUUCGGCCCGUUGCAUCACAGAGUAGCGCCCGAUCUUGUAGCGUUCCCCGAAGAUGCUCCCCCAACACCGUAACACAGGCAUGGAGCCUCACCCCAGACUGCAAGACCAGCCUCCGAUGGCAACAGGCACCCCCGCCCAACUACGGCACUGUUUGUGGCCUAACGAGCGCCCUGUUCCCAAACGGUAAUGGGAAUGAGGGUCUCUUGCUCAGUGACAGCAGCAGCUGUGACAGCUUUGGCAGUCUGAGCAGCUUGGAGUCGCCUCCUCUGCUGCCUCCACGUUCUGUCCUCGACAGCCGCAAGAGGGCUGUAGGCACCCUGCAGCGGGAGAUGAACGCCCUGUUUGCCCAGAAAAUGGAAGAGUUGCGGCAUAAGUCCCCAAUGUUCUUCGCUGGUAAGAUGUAUGUGAGGCAGCAUUAGCAGUAAACCCCGUAGCUGCUGCUUAGUGGCUGUAGACGGCCUUUUAUGUUCUGUAGACUGUAGAUUUGCAGGUAACCUCCAUACAUGCAGGACCAUGAAUGUUUGGUAGCAUGAUGCUGUCAGAAUGAUCCUGCUGUGUGCCUUUUAGUCAUCCCAUGUGUCCCUGAUAGUUUGAGGACAUAUCUAUACUCCCAGCUAUUCUUUUCCAUUGUUAUUGUUCAAUUCUAACUUUUGUAGCUUUUACCUCAACUUCAUCACUGGUUCCUAUUUCAAUCAAGUGAUUUCAAUGUUUUCCAAUUGUUUUUCUCGAUGCCUUAACACACUGUGACUGUGGUACUACCCCCAUGCUUCACAGACGAGAGAAGUGAAUUGAGGGGAUGACCAGA